CAGAAGCUGGGUGGCCAUUCUGUUUUUUUUUUUUGGUUUGGGUUGCAACAGAGAGGAGCAACAACAAAAAAGAGGGUAUGGUGCAUGCCUGGAAUGUUGGGUGGUCACAGAUUUCAUGUUUCAAGUUGAAUUAUGAUCCUUGCCAAAGUCCGGCCAAUGCCUUUUGUCAGAAAAACAUACAGCGUCAUGUGCUGCGUCAAUAUCGUCUUGCUCAUCAUCUGCAUAGCAUCUCCCAACUGGCUGGUCCAUCACUGUGUGAAAUCCAAUGUUCAUUUGGGGUUGUGGCUUUUUUGCUUUGAGAAGGACUGUAAACCACACCCGUACAGCAUCGAGAGUCUGGAGGCUGUCCGAGGCCUUAUGAUAAUAGCCCUCAUUUUUACUUGCUUUGCCUUGCUGUGCGGACAGAACCUUUUAAGUCGCAUCACAAAGAGGGAGAUUCUCGACUGUUUGAUUUCUUCCAUUGCUAACUACUGCGCAGGACUCUGCACUGUCAGUUCUCUAAUGAUUGUAUUGUUUGAGGUCCGUGUUGUCAUAGAUGCAGAUGUUAUACACCUGGCACCAGACUGGGCUUUCUGCAUAGCUUGCGUCUCCUUCUCUCUCAGCUUAGUGUUGGGUACACAAAACCUGCUAUGGGACAGGAAGUUCCACAAAAAAGUAAAACCAUCCCAAGAGGAAGAGCCAUCAACACCCAGUGACCCUUGAGUGUAGCCCACGGCCUAUGACACCUGUCACAGGUGUUCCCCAGUCAGGUGGGGCCUUGAAACCUGACUGGCCAAUGGGCGUUCUGUUUGGUGAUGUCACUUAACCAAGAGCCAUUUGGAAUAAGCCUGGAUUGCAGAAAAGAUGCCCAUUUUCAUCUCUGCGACAUCACUUUUGAGAAGCCUUCUUACCCAAGUGCCCUGCUGGAACCAUUAAAAUGAUCUCAUCCAUUACCGAGAUACCUUUUAUUCAGCAAUCGUUUCUGCCUCGGGUGGAAUAUCCCUCUUGCUUUCCAAGACUGCCCCAUUUCCCCACUUGCUUCUAACUGUUGCUGCUGUUGUUUUUAUUACAAUAUAUGUAUAUAUUGUGAGGACAGGCCACGUCUCAGUCAUAUGUGAUGCUAUGGAUGAACACUUAAUUAUUAAAUGUCUUAUAGCAAC